GUAGGAGCGCCUUUUGACAGCGGACUGCUCCGAGCCAAACGUUUCAGCAGCAACAAUUUCUGGGUUUGUGGAAUAUUGACGCGUGGGAGACGAGGGUUUAUGAAGAUUUAUCAGAGCUGAUUCUUGAAUCCUUGCAAGCUUUGGAGUGGGAUUCCAAUUUGCUCUUGAGUGUUGACUCCUAUGGUGCGGGCAUCCCUGGAAUGUUGGAAUGGUUCUUCAUUGAAGUUGAGCUACAAGGAUCAGGACGGGAAGAUGAAUGUGGAAGCUCUGAGUAGAGCGGAGCUGUUGACACUCCUCAGUAUUUUGGAGGGAGAGCUCGAGGCCCAGGAGGUGGUCAUUCAUGCCUUUAGGGCUCAACACAAAGAUGCUUUCAUCCAAGAGCGUUAUGGCCAGUAUGACCUCAGCGAUCCAUUCCUGGCCUUACAACGGGACAGCAAAGCAGCAGAGAACGAAAGCACAUUGGCCCAGACUCAUGCAAGCCUGCAGGGGCAAGGAGUGGGCCCAAACCCUUUGGCUGUUCUCAAACUGGUCAUGGCCCAUUGCAAGAGGAUGCAGGAAAGGAUGAUGAGACAGUUGGCCGCCACUGAGAGCAGACACAGAAGGAUGAUAGCCGAUCUAGCAGAAGAAAAACUGCGUCCUGCCCAUGAAUCUUCACAGAGUGACAAUUUCUCCUUGAUACUGCAAACAGAAAGAAAUGAACUGUUGCAACAGCUUGAAAUUGAGCGUGCAGCAGUGCGGCGACUGGAGAGAGAACAGGAUGAGGCUGUGAGCCAGGCGGAGGAGUCAUUGAGCCAGCAGGAGCAGCUUUCAUCCACUCUCAGCCUGGAGCUCCAGAAAGCCAGUAGCCGAGCACAGGAGGAGGCACAGAAGGUCUCAGAGCUCCGUACUCUGCUCAAAGAGGAGACAGAUGCAGUGGAAAAGCUACAGAUGCUCCUCGAUGAGGAAAAGAGUAGAGCAGCGGAGCUUGAGGUUCAGUCUAGUAGAAAGCUUGCUGAUUUUACCACAGAACGUGAGCAACUGAAAGUCAAGCUCAUGGAGGAAGAGGAAAGGAGUAAAGACCUGAGGAGACAACUUGAGCAGUUGAAAAGAAGAUUGGAUGAAACCAGCGAGCCCAAAAUGGGGCCGAAGGAGGCGUUGACGUCACCAUCGAAGAUGAUAGUCGUGUCUACCUCCGUUCAGACUGAGCCUGAUGGGAAACUAAUUGUCCCUGUGAAAACGUCCUCGGUGUUAAAACUCAAUGGGCAUCACGAUGGGAGAGGAACAGAAAAUACAUUGGUGCUGGAAAAUGGAGCAGGAGCAAGCUUACUUUCUCCUCCGCAUCCUCAGACAGUACCUUACUCUCCCUCCAGCACCGCCUCCUCUUCUCUCUCCUCUUCUCCUGUUUCCUCGCCAGUUUUGGCCAAACAUUUCAACAGCCCCAUUUUCCAUCAGUCCUCCUACCAGGCUGGAGUCAAUCAGCGAUUCCAAGCUGCCAGACAUAAGUUUCAAACGCAGGCGGAGCUGGAGCAGCACGGUGGGCCUCUUUCCCCCAGGGACCUCUCACCCACCACCUCCUCCAACCCUCCCCCACCAGAACACAGUGCAGCCAAGCAGCUGGCCCGCAAUACAGUCACACAGGUGCUGUCCCGGUUCACAAGCCAACAGGCCGGUGUCAAGAUGGUACCGUUGAGCAGCUCUCCGUUUGGUACAGACUACCGUAAUGUAGCUGCAUCACCUCCCGGGGGGAGGUCACCUUCUGGGCCGCUAUCUCCGGGUAUCCGUUCCCCUCUCACACCCCGAUCGGAGAGGACUCAUCCUCCUCCGAUUCCUCCCAAGAGGCCCGGCAUGAGUCCGACUCCUGGCUCUCCGAGUCAUUCUGCCCGAGCCAGCCUGUUCCCCGAGCUUUCGGGGAACUGCGGCAGCGGACAGGAAGGAGCAACAGAACCUGACCUGGUUUUAUCGUCUUCUAGUUAACAUCCACAUCAUACUGAAGCACACAGUUUCUACUUGCCACACAACCUGGGUCAUGUUAAUCCAUCAGAAUUUUGCACAGCUUCCUCUUUGGAGGACUGCACAGAGCAUGGAGCCAGAGAAUAUAAGCUAGUUUUGGCAUGUUUCGAAUGGAUGGCACAACAUUAAAGAAGCUUCUGUGAUUAGUGUCGUAUAAAUUCUGAUGACGAUGAUAAAAGAUGACUAUAGAUGACUACGGCAGCAACACAUUCUACCGGGAGGGACUCCCUACUCACACCAUAGCGAGCCACUACCACUGGCGGUGCUAGGAUUUUUUCCCUUGGGGGGCCAAGUUUUUCUGGGUUCCAUAAAACAAACUGGAGAUAUUUUACAAACCCCCAAAAUUUCUCAGAAAACUUUGGGGGAUGGGUGAAAAUGUGAAA